AUAACAACCAUGGGUGGAAUUCAAAACGGCACAAAUCCUCAGAUGUGCAGCAUUGGCUUUGUGACCCUCACAUCAGAACAACUAUGAGUGGAAUUCAAAACAGCACAAAUCCUCAGAUGUGCAGCGUUGGCUAUGCACACUGGACUUUCACCGUGGUUCCUAUAUACGUCAUGACCAUUGCCGUGUUGGGAAUUGUUCUCAAUCUAUUUGUGCUGAUGGUUUUCAUCUUGCAUAAGAAAGCCUGCACAGUGGCUGAGAUCUACCUGGGCAACCUGGCUGCUGCUGACCUUCUCCUGGUGUCCUUCCUGCCUUUCUGGGCUGUCUACGCUUACAGAUACUAUAACUGGACUUUUGGUUCUGUUUUGUGCAAAAUUGUCAAUGUGAGCAUUUUAAUGAAUGUCUACUGCAGCAUCUUUUUCCUGGUUCUUGUCAGCAUAGACCGUUAUUUCGCUCUGGUGUUUCCAUUGUCUCAUGCUAAACUGCGCGGACCGGUCUGUGCCAAAGGGGCAUGUCUCCUAGUGUGGGUUGCAGGAUUUUUAUUGAGUCUUCCUGCAAUUAUUCACAGGGAUGUAAUUCAUCACCGGGGACCAAAUGUUACGAAAUGCACUGUAGAUUCUCCAAGCACCACUACUCUAAUUGAUUGUAUGAUUUUUAUAUUUGGCUUCAUAAUACCUGUUUCUAUUAUUUCUUUCUGCACUGUUAAAAUACUCAAAGCUUUACGUAACAGAAUAUCCGAGGGAUUAAAUACUCAGAAAAAAGACCAUAAGGCCACUACUUUGGUCUUAGCUGUUCUUCUAGCAUUCCUUUUCUGCUGGGUCCCUUUCUAUCUCUAUAAAAUACCCUCUGUGCUCAGAGACAGACACAUUUUAACGGACUGCACCUCCAAGUACAUUCUGUUCAUCAGCGGAAACAUCUUCACCUACUUGGCUUUCUUCAACAGCGUCCUCAACCCCAUCCUCUAUGUCAUUGUUGGAAAAAACUUCCGGAGCAAGGUCAAGGAUCUCUUCAUGACAAGUGAAAGAGACCACAGAUGGUCUUUGAUUCGCUCAUUCUUGUCUAGAAGGAUUAAAAGCUUAGAUUAGAUUGCAAAAACCUGUGGACUGCCUUCCACAUGUUUACAUUUUGGGUUUUUUCUUUUACUAUAAAUGAAGAUUUUUAGGUCAGUGCUGCAUAUUUUUUUCCAUAAUGAAGGCAUUUUAUUUUUAACUAAUCUCAUUUAAAAUGAAGUCUAUAUAAUGACAAGCUACGCUUUGAUAGUAAAAAACUCAAAUGUGUGAUUAAUUUUUUUUUUUUUUUAGUUUAAUUAGAUAUGGAUAAUCUUGAUAUAGCCUGUUGAUAUCUCUGUCAAUGUUUUUUAUUUUUUAUUUUUUUUUCUUUUUUUAUCUUGGGAUGGUAAAACCACUGUAAAACUGCAGGAUGUCUAUAGUUUUAAGUGUUGCUACAGUUUUAUUUUUACUCUUGUAUAUUUGACUGACUGUAUACUUGUAUAACACUGUUUAAUGCAAUCUGUCUCUGUCCACAUUUUUCAUGAUCUUUACCCAACAUUAAAAUCUUAAUAAAUUAGCAGAAAUAAGCACAUUAUUUCAAUAUGAUUAAAAUUCUUC